UGAGCGUCAGUUUCUCCUGCAGCUAAUGCUAAUGAAUUUCCCUCUCCACUUGUUACGGAGCCACAAUUUAUACGAUUUAUACUUUAAUAUUUUCAUAAUGAACCUCAUGUAGGGGGUUAUAUCAAUUUGCCUUUUAACUUUAAUGUUUGGGCUUCCCGCGAAGCUUCUCUUUGAUAGCAACAAAGACGUUGAGUGCAACAGUGAAGGCACCACACUGACUAGAAGUUUGUGUGCUGUUUAUGCUUUAUUGACAAUUUAGAAAGCGUUUAGUCUCACGCGCUGUAAAACUAUUUCAACGCUGUUUUUUUUUCCUGCAAUGUCCGACAAACAUUGCUCGUGUUGCUCCCAUCCUGUCUCCUCUCCCAGUGUUCACCAGACCCUGAAUGAACUGGAUUUUGAACGAGGUAUCUGGUCUGCUGCAAUGGAUGGAGACUUGGAGAGACUGAAGCUCCUUGUUCAGAAGGGGUCAGACCCAAAUUUAAGAGACUCGGCUGGAUAUACAGCUCUGCACUACGGAAGCCGCAGUGGUCAUCUUGAUGUAUGUGCGUAUCUUCUUGAGAAUGGUGCGUGUGCGUCGCCUCAGACGCCGGGUGGGGCCACGCCGCUCCAUCGUGCUGCUUACUGCGGUCAUCUGGAUGUAGUCAGACUCCUUCUGCAACACAGAGCAGAUCUGUCGCUCUGUGAUGAUGAUGGCGCGUCCCCUUUACAUAAAGCUGCAGAGCGGGGUCAUAAAGAGGUGUGCCAGCUGCUUCUGGAACACUGUCCAGCACUCAGCAGCCAGGUCAACAAGAGGCUUCAGCUACCCGUCCAGCUGGCACGGCAGGGAGCCCUGUAGGAGCUUUAGAAGCCACCCCAAUAAAGAUGGACACACUGCUUCAGAGUUCCCAGAAUUAUGCACAUGAUUAAUUUUUAAUCAAACAAAGUUGAGUAAAGACUCCUCUCUUCUUUACCUGAGAACAUGAAAGAAACAUGAUGAACGUGGCAGAACAUUUGUAACUUCACAUCACAACAUUAGCAUUAUUCUGUUGUACUCCACUUCUUUUAUACAUCAAGUCCAACAGAGUUACGAUGUAUAAGAUUUAAAUAUAAGUACUGAAUGCAAUGAUUUUCUAAAUUCAUAAACCCCAUGUUUUAUUCACAAAGGAAUAUAGUAAACGUGAACUAAAAUGUUUAUGCUGAGAAAUUGGACCCGUUUGGUGGGGAAAUAGGGUAAUUUUGAAUUUUAUGGCGGCAGCACAUCUUCAAAAAUUUGAUAUAAAUAAGAAAACACUUGAGCAUUUUGCAACAAGGUUAUUUGGCAACAUGUCGGCAAGAGAACUAGGUAUAGAGAUAAUAUUUUUUAGAGAGGCUGACUGUUGGAAGUAAAAUCAGGAAAC